GAAAUAGUAUAUGAAACACCGCCAAAACACGUGCGGAAAAUAAAAACAAACAGCACAAGAUUUUAGCUAAAAUAAAUCUAUUCUUGCAGCCAUGGGAAAAGAAAAGAAAGAGAAAAGAAAGUCAGAGAAUUUAGACGAGAGUACAGUCGAAGGAAAAGAACAUUGGGAAGAGAAAAUCCGAAAUUUGAAUGCUAUUUCUAAGCCAUUGGCCCCUAGAAAAUUGGCGAAGAAGCUGUGUAGAACAAUUAAAAAGGCAAAAGGUGUGAAGCAUGUUGUGGAGGGUAUAAGAGAUGUACAGAAGAGAAUACGUAAAGGAGAGAAAGGGUUAGUAGUUCUGUCAGGUGAUGUAAGUCCUAUAGAUGUAUACAGUCAUAUUCCCGUCACACUGGAGGAAGCUGGAAUACCAUACUGUUAUGUUCCUGCUAAAGAGGAUAUUGGAGCAGCCUUAGGAAAGUUCUGUUGUAUUAUUGUUCUUAUAAAGAAGCAUGAGGAUUAUGAAGAGCUCUAUAAUGAAGUGUUUUCAGCUGUCAAAGAUCUCCCAAUGCCUGUAUAAACUUCUCUGGAUUAUAAUGUGGACAAGUAAAAAGUGCAAAUAGUAUUCACAGGAAUCUUGAUUUUCCUGUCCAUAGCAGGGCUGUGUAUGAAUACAUAAUGACACUGUACAGAGACACUAUGACCAAUGAAAGAAUUGUAUGUGAAAUAUUAAGUGCCUAAAGCACAUGGACUACUUUUCAUCUUAGUCCUUAAAACAUCUUACUGAAGUCGUAAAGAAUGUGUCAUAAAUUUUCAUGAAAAUGUAAGGUGAUUAGAGCUUGACAGCAGAUUUAAUACAUUGUACCAGUGAGUCUGACAGCAACAGUUGGUGUAACAGAACUUUUAUGGUACUCCAUUGGAUGUCAGUACAAAGAAAGGAGGGAUACAGUUAAAAGAGUCCUUACAAUAAUUAAACACAGAGGAAGUUUUCUCUGCAGUGUGUGAAUUUACUAGAUAAAAUGGUGCUUACGUCGAUAUGGCAAAUGAAUUAAAGUGAAAUUUCACAAUAAAUAAUACAUUUUUCUGUGUGUGAAACUUGUUACAUGUACAAGUCAUUUUUUACCGUUCCUCAUUAAAAAUUAAACAAGAUGAUCUCACCCAUACCACUAGUGUAAAGGUCACAUUUAAUAGUAAAAUAUUUUAGGUUAUAAAUAAAUAGGUUUUUCUUUUCCUGUCGGUUAUGAAUAAAUGUUCAAUUGUUGGAAGUGGAGUUACUCGCUGAACUCAUGCAAAACAAUCCUUACAUCACAUAGCAGGGGCGUCAGUGUCCUAUAGACACAUUUCCGGUCUAAUCACAUUAGCCAGUUUUCUGUGCAAUGUUUUAUGCCAGCAAUAGUAAUAGCAGUUAUGAUUAUGAAAGGGCUGGUAACAUUCCAGGAUUACUUAACCAAUUAUAUUUUAAACAAAUGAAAGAAAAAGUUGAAACCACCACUACAAUGUUCAGUUUACAGCUCUUACAUGUUUUUGUGGCAAACAUUGUGCACCCAUAGCAUUUCUGCUGUUUUAAUAUAGUAGGGUUAUUAUGAUAGUAGCUUGAUCUGGGAUGCUGUAUUCAGCUCAAGUGGAUGUUUGCAGAUCGGAUCUCAUAGGCGCGCUAGCCCCGAGUGUGAUCUGUCCUUGAAUAAUCAACGAGAGCUGUAUACUAAAUCCCAGAUCUAGCUUCUAUUGUAAUGACCCUUUUAUUAUAUAAUACCUCGACCUUUUUGCUUGUUCUGUUAUUGAACGAAAUCUUAAAUGUUUGUCGAUGUUAGAAUAGAAACCAUCAAAGUUUUUGUGUGCGCUAUUUAUAGAACUGUGUCAGGUUAUGCAUAUUAAAUGAAAAUAGUCCGGCAACAUACAAUACAAAAGUUACAAUCGGGAAUUUUUUUCUGUCUGUUCAUAUUUACUGGUGAAAUUUAUACAAGCUUUACUUUUGAUAGAAUUUAUAUAGGUAUAUAAUAAUAAAAUGUUACUGCAUGGCUAACAGUUUGAGAAUUUAAUUCUGUAUCAGCCUGUUUUAAUUCAUAUUUACAAUUUCUUAUAGGUCUUUCUCAGUGUUGAAACAAUUGACAUUAAUUUUUUACACAAUGCUGAUUUUUUUAUGCCCCCGAAGGGAGGCCUAUUAGUUUUCAACUGUCCGGCCGUUCGUCACAACAUUAACUUUUUGCAUGAAGGCAACGUUAACGUUUUGCAUGAAGGCACUUUACUCACGAACCACUGCACCCAGGACCUUCAAACUUCACAUGCUGAUAGUACUUAUUGAGUACACGACCCCUACUGACUUUGGGGUCACCAGGUCAAAGGUCAAAGUCACCAGGACAAAGGUCAAGGCACUGCGGGGGCAUUUGUCACCAUUAGUGACAGCUCUUGUUUAUAGUUUGAUUUCUUGUUUCUUAUUACAAGUAUGUCGACCUUUCUUAACCCUUACCCUGCUAAAUUUCUAUAAUUAACUUGUCCAGCUUUCAAUUUGGACAGUACCAUUAACUGUUAAAAGGGGUGUUUACCAAAAAGAUACUAACUGAAUGGGGGACAGUGCAGAUCAGAUGGAUGUGCAGGCUGAUCAUGAUCUACACUGGUCGCAAAGGCAGAAUCAAUCGUGUCCAGCAUGAUUAAGAAAUAAUAUUUCUCAGUUAGUGAUUUGCCACUGAAUAAAAUUAUUGUUCAAAGUUCAGAUAAUAAUUGUGAUGUCAGAAAAAUGAAUUGUUGUAUAAUAACACACAGUUUUCAGCCUUCUCUGUUUCAAUAGGAAAAUGAAUCAGGUCAUGUUAAAAUAAGGGUUAAUACAUGUAAUGAAAUAAUUUACAAAUUGAAAUAUCAGCUAUAGAACCAUUAUUUCCAAUGUUUUGAUUUCUAGAGGGUGUAGGAUGGCCUAGAAGACUAGUUAAAUACUAUAGAUACGGUAAUUAUCAUGUCAUCUUUGACACUUGAUUCCACAGAGGGCAGACAUAUCAGCAUCGUUAAGAAUUAGAGUUUUGUGAAUGAUUAAGGUUUAAGAAAUAAUGCUGCUUGAAAUACACAGGUUUUGAAUAUGCAUGUAACAGUGAAUAUUAAACUUUACUGAAUGUUACUCAGUUCACAGUAUACAUUAUACCUAUAUUGAUCGAAUUUUUGUACAUAGAAUUUUUGUUGAUGAGGAAAAAAAUGAAAUAAAAAGAUGUAUUAUAUAUA